AUGGAGGCGGCCGCCAUCAACGCGGCGCUCCCCGCGCUGGUGACGCUGCUGCAUGAGCUCCGCCACCUGGCGUACAGCGCCGACGACGUGCUCGAUGAGCUCGACUACUUCCGCAUCCAGGACACGCUCGACGGCACCUACCAUGCCGCCGCCGACGUGCAUCCUCGCGGCUGCAUCCACGACCUCGUCCGUGAUGCUUGCUACACGGCCAAAGCUGUCGAAGUCCUAGAUCUACAAGGAUGGAUGGGUUCCUUUGAUUUGAAAGGGCAUAUAAGUAACCUUGUAAAACUGCGUCAUUUUCUUGUGCCAAUUGAUGAGCUCACUAGUAUAUUUGAGGUGGGAAAACUAGAGUUCCUUCAGGAGCUAAGGAAAUUUAAUGUGAGAAAUGAAAAGGGUUUUGAGCUGAGUCAACUCGGGAAGUUGACAGAGCUUCGAGGAUCACUUGAAAUUAGUGACCUUGAAAAGGUGCAAACAAAAGAGGAAGCUGUUGGAGCCAAACUGAUGCACAAAAGCCGCUUACAUGAACUAAAAUUAGAAUGGAAUACUGAUGAUUGGCGCAAGAAGGACCUUAUACAUGAACAGGAUGUUCUGGAAAGUCUCAGACCACAUAGCAACCUUCGUCACCUAUGCAUUAGAGGGCAUGGAGGAAUAUCCACAUCACCAUCUUUGGACGAGAAGAUGAAUCUCGCAGGGAAUGAACAAUUGCAAAGGGAGGUGGAACUGCAACGCUCGACAACAGAGGAGGAAGGACUAGUGCUCUUGCCACCCCAACUGCAGGAGCUGGAAAUCUAUCAGUGCCAAGGUCUGAGGCUCCACCCCAACACAGUGGAGGAAGCUGGAGGAUGGCUCCAAGGUUGCCUUACCAAGCUAUCACUCUCGGGAACAUCCAUUUUCUUCGUCGGCCCGGACCUUGAGGCCUCAUGGUCUCAUGGACAAGGGCUUCCACCAAAACUGGGGGAUGUUGAGACGAAUGAUGUCGGGGGAAUCCUUGCUACGCCCAUCUGCAGCCUCCUCUCGUCCUCCCUCACCAAACUAGUCUUUUCUUUGGAUAUCGAGGUGAAGAGCUUCACCGAGGAGCAAGAGAAAGCCAUCCAGCUCCUCACCUCCCUCCAGCACCUCGGAUUUCAGAAUUGUCGUGAUCUGCAGUGCCUCCCUGCUGGGCAAAAAGCUGCACAAUUCAAAGGGAGGUGGAAGCAAAUUGAGGAGGAAGGACUAGUGCUCUUGCCACCCCAACUGCAGGAGCUGGAUCUGCAGUGCCUGGAGGAAGCUGGAGGAUGGCUCCAAGGUGCGCUUCCCGACCUCAAGAUACUAGAGAUUGAUGGCUGCAAAAGUAUCCAGUCGCUGCCCCAAGACGGUCUCCCGAGUUCACUGCAAGAAUUGCACAUCUACGAAUGUCCUGCCAUCAGGUCGCUGCCCAAGGAGGCCCUCCCAAGCUCGUUGCAACGACUAACCAUCGGCUACUGUCCAGCCAUCAUCCAGUCGCUGCACAAGGACAUCAUCCCAAGAUCACUGCGAGUAUUGGAUGUCCGUCAGAACUACUGGUGGGGGACAGAUCGAAUGCAGCUCCGGCGCAGGAGGAUCAAACUACAGGAGGUAAUGCAGAUGGCAAGUGAUGCCCUCCUAAUUGUAAAAUCAAGGGUGACUAUUACUUCAAGAGCAGCAUGUGCAACAGGUCAGCACCAGGCUGCAGGUCAUGAUGGUACAGUGGGCACUGCCCGUCUGCCCCUGCUAGCAAAUUCUCAGAAUAACCAUUGGGCGCAGAGGCAGAGCAGGCGUCGCCAAUAG